GCCCCCGUCUCACUUCCGGCGACGCUCUGGGAUGCACGGAGGACUCGGCGCCUCGGUAACCCGUCUAGCGGUCUGAAGGGCACUGGGAGCGAACCGACCUCACAAAGAAGAUCAGGAGGACACACAUGAUGCCGGCACAAGGUUUUGGGCGAAGAUAUAUGAAGGCCUUUUUGAAAGGUUUCUUUGUUGCUGUGCCCGUAACAGUAACUUUCUUAGAUCAAGUAGCCUGUGUAGCGAGAGUGGAAGGAGCUUCGAUGCAGCCUUCUUUGAAUCCUGGGGGAAGCCAUUCAUCUGAUGUGGUGCUUUUGAACCACUGGAAAGUUAGGAAUUAUGAAGUGCAGCGUGGUGAUAUCGUGUCAUUGGUAUCUCCCAAAAACCCGGAGCAGAAGAUCAUCAAAAGAGUGAUUGCUCUUGAAGGAGACAUUAUCAAAACAAUGGGGCAUAAGAAUAGGUACGUGAAAGUCCCACGUGGCCACAUGUGGGUGGAAGGUGAUCAUCAUGGACACAGCUUCGACAGUAACGCUUUUGGGCCAGUUUCCCUUGGGCUUCUGCACGCCCAUGCCACCCAUAUUCUGUGGCCUCCCGAACGCUGGCAGCGUUUGGAAUCCAUUCUCCCACCAGAGCGUGCACCGGUUCAGAUUGAAGAGAAGUGACCUCCUUUGCAUCUGCAUGGCCUCUUUGACUUAGGAAGACAAUAUUUUAAAAAUGGAAGGCAGGGAAAAAGAAACCUAAAAGGUAGAUGCAUUGGUUGAGGCUGCAAAAGGAGUAUUUGUAUAUCCUAUGGUUUCACACUGAAGAAAAAGAUUUUCUUUUAGAUGAAACAAUUGUAUGGUAUACAGUAUUUUGUCUGAAGUACUUGUACUACAGAAUAAAUGUCCUGACAGUACAGUACCAAAAAAGAAAUUUACAACGUGAUUAUUUCAUUGGCCUUUCCAUGUGUCAUGGUAAGAUCGAAUUGUUGGUAUACUUGUUUCUUAAUCUGUCGACUGUUGAUUUUUUAAAAUUUGGGUUUCAGCUUAUGAAAGAUCCUGAAUUAAUGUUAAGCUUAAUGAAAACAUGUUCAUCUAGUAAGUAAUUCAUGCAUGAUACAGCUUGAAUAUGAAGAAAUAGUGACACAGAUGCAGUGUGAUUUUAAUUGUCAGCAUUCACUCAUUAAAAAAUGAAUAGUGAACUUUGACAAAUAAUGAUUCACUUUUUUAAAAGGAAAAAAUGAGGUCAGCCCUAAAAAGACAUGUUGAUGUACAGGGAACUCGCCAACAAAAAUGUUUUUAAAAAUCUUGAGCACUGUGUUGGAAGGGGGAAAGAUAUAUUUGCAAAUAAAGGUGAUAUAAAAAAAGGUAUUUAAAUGAGAUUUUAAAAAAAUGAAGAAAUAUACACAAGAAGGAAGCAAUGGGCAAUGGAACAUGAAUGCAAAAGCUUGGUACAGUUGUGUGAAUAGACUCAGUAGUAGUAAAACUUAGAAUGGCCUGAAGGUCAAGUCAGAGACACUGGCAGUGUCUAAGACCUCAUCCUUCACUGCAACUUCUGUGAUGACAGGGACAAGCCAAAACUGUGCAGAAGCAGGGACACAGGGCCUUAGGAUGACCUGGAUAGACAUGAUUAUCUGCAAUCCAGAAUCAGCUAAAUAAACUAAGAUGACUCCUGCUUUUGUCCCUGGUGGGAGAGGGGGAUGGAGACAUGUGGAGUGUUUUCUCUCUCCAUAUUCUUUUAUACCUGAAAGGACGGGAAAGCCUUUUCCUUCUUCCCAUUUCUUUAUAUGCCUUGGGUGUCAGUGCUUGGAGACCAAAGAUCCAGGUGGGAAAUGAACCCAAAGGAAGAGAUAGCAAUGACUGUCAUCACUUGAUCAGAGGAUAAUAGAUACAUUUUCUUUUUAGUUUUUAUUCUGUGUACAUUAAAGAUGAAAUGACGUACCAGAUCUAAAACUAUUAUAAAGCAGCAAUCAUCAAAACUACUUGGUACUGGCUAAGAAAUAGCGUGGUGGA